GACGUGUAUUGUGCUGAGGGUGGUCGCGUUAUCUUAUCAUGGCCCCAAGACCCACCUGGGAAUUCAUGCGUCAACCGAAGUAUAUUCGACCCACGACCUUCGUCAACCUCAAAACAGGAGGAUUACGUCCUGUUACUGACACCUAUCCCAUGGCUGUUUUAACCUUUACUUUGAGCCCCGAGGCUGUGGGGAAGAUCCAUGAUGCUCUCAUAUGCCUGGGAAAGUUCAACGAAUCGGUUUCCUUGGAAGCAACAAGAGAUCACCUUGUGUUGACAGCUUUGAACACUACAAGAACGGGAUAUGCAUCCUUCACAUUCACCACCAACAAGUUUUUCUCUAAAUUUAUAUAUAACCCCCCUCGAACCUCGGGUUCCACGAAGGGAAAGUUCACCUGUAGGCUAUACAACAAGGCUUUGGCAUCCAUAUUCAAGGGCCGAUCAAUAGAUCCUCUGCGUGAAAAGGAUACCGGCAUCGAGAGAUGCGAGGUGAGCGUAGAGGAUGGUGCUGGAGGGGUCAAGAGCCGCUUCGUCGCUCAAAUGAUUUGUAGGCAUGGUGUCAUCAAAACAUACCAAUUGACCUUUGAGUCAUCCUCGUCGAUGCAUGCUCUCUUUAAGCCAGAAAUGUCCAAGAGCCAUUGGUCAAUACCAUCCUGCGUGUUGAGAGAGUUCAUUGAUCAUUUCGGGCCAAAGACUGAACAGCUAGAUAUCUAUGCAAAGGAUGGGCGAGCAAUAUUCACGAGCUACACCGAGAAAAUAGUUGCGGGGAAGGAAGUACUCAAACAACCAUUACAUACGUCGAUCGCCAUUGAUACCACGGAAUUUAGCCAGUUCAAUGUCGAAGAUAUGUUGCACAUUAUCAUUAGCGUUAAAGAUUUCAAGGCCAUCGUCCAGCAUGCUGGCAGUUUAGAUACUGAGGUCUCAGCAGCCUACUCGUAUCCGUCAAAGCCAAUGCAGUUGAAAUAUGACGAUGAGGGCGUGACGAGCGAGUUUAUCCUAAUGACUAUAGGUGACUAUAAAGCUACAUCGGCUGUUCCUUUGCCAAAUGCAAUUAUGGGGAAUUCAACCUCAGCACCUUCAAGGCAACAUACGGAAGACCCACCUGUCGCGAAUGUUGUGCAACAAGCCGAAGCAUCUAUGCAACCUCCAUCUCGCUCAGGGGCGCCGCCAGCCACACUGCUGGGCCAUCGAGCGUGGGCUCUACGCCAUUCACCUCCUCUACCACAGCCAAGCAUUGAUUCGGAUUCCUUGUUUGUCCCAGAUGACGAAGAGGAUCGAAGGUGGAAUCCUUCAGGAUACGGAGGCGAAGACGAGGAAUUACUUGGAUGGGAUGCUGGCACCGGCACUGAUGGACAACUCAAGGCAUCGUCUCGUGGCCCCCAAGAGAGCUACCCUGCAGUUAACAGUAUACAUGGGUCAAUGGCCCGGAAACGAAGCGCAAGCCCUUCAAAUGUAGCACCUACCCAACGAGUAUCCGAGAUUCGUGGUAUCUUCGACGACUGAUAACUGGACCAGGAAUGAAAGGCGUCCGUUAUAUAUACCCCUAAUUAUUUACUCGUCGUCAAUAGCAUAUUGGAAUCCUUAGUCAAGAUAUAACAGGUUGUAUUCUACGAAGUUAUUGCAAGUCACUUAGCUAGAUACAAUACAUCCUUGGCUCUUCCAGUAAAUUGUGACCUUCGCAGUGACUUGGAGAUGCGAUUGUGUUUGGAAGAACUGAGAUGUCACUCACUCCGAAGUAGAAACCGAGGCGAGCGAACCCCUAACUGAAGCAGGCUGCGCGAGCUGGCGAUCGUUCCCGUGGCGUAGAUCGCGUGGAGUCCCGGCGCGGAGACCUGUCUCGUGGAAAGGGUGAACGCAUAGUCUGAAGGUCAUCCACAGGUGGCGCUGGGCGGUAGCUAGGUCUUGGUGAUGGGCGCCGUGUGCUGUGUUCAGAGUUUCUCCUUGAAGAUCUGUCUCCCGAAGGUGAUGGCGAUCGCGGUCGUCUCCAAGUGAGCGACAUCUGGCCAACUGCGACGCGGUCGUCACGGCGCGGUGGGCUACGAGACCUUGGUCGCCAUCCACCUCCCCUUGGUCCUGCUGGUGGAGAUCUUCUUGAGAUAGGUGAUCGAGCUCGUAAUGGGCCACGGUUGUCAAAUGGAGACCGCGACAUAUGCCUUCUGGGCCCCAUUCGAAUACCAUACUUCCUGCCGACCCUUGAGCCAGACCCAGUAUGUGGCGUUUACUGUUACCUCCAAGCAUCCAUGGCGACAUUGAGCUUUCACAGCCGGCGAGGGAAAUUCGUCAGUUGUUAAACUCGAUUUGAAACGUAAGAUGUUCUCAGGAAUGAAGCCUAGGAAAGCUGUAUACACAAGGGUUUCCACAGUACAUAGCAAUUGAAAUGUCACCAUGCAUGAUCAUUGAAGCGUU